UAAAGUAGUCGUGAAAAAAUCUCAGUUUUUUCAUUCUGAAUUUAUUUCAAAUUGAAUGCGUAUUUAUUAUUUUUUUCUAAGUCUGAAUCGUAACAAAAACCAUAACUCCCAAAUUUUAUUGUCUUUCCAUUAAAAAAAUAAAAGAAUCUGAAUUGAUACACAACCAAAGACAAGAUUGGACUUUUGUAUUAAAGCCAAUGGAACUAUAACGUAUCUCUUGCACUAUAAAGAAGAAUUUGUAUCUCCAAUAUUCUUUCUACCAAACAAAAAAAUAAUCCAGAAAAUAAAAUAAUGAUGAAAGCACAAGUGUUUAUGUUUGUGACAGUUUUGACUUUUGUAUGUGUGUUUAUAAGUAGCACUGAUGCCAUAAGGUAUAUUAUAUAUCCUCCAGUGCAUAAACAUCCUAAUGGAUGUGAUCCAAGAUUUCCAACUCCCGCAUGUUAUAAGCGCACACCAGAGAAUCCAUAUAGACGAGGAUGUUCGUGUAUCAAUAGAUGCCGCCGUGAGAAUUGUGGACCAAACAGAGUAUCAUCUUUGAAAAAAAUUUUGGAUAAAAUUUUGGAAAUACCAGUGUAAACAAGAUAUAAAAAAAGAUGAACAAAGUUAUUAAGUAUUUUAUUUUGUUCACUUUAGUAUAUCGCUGUAACAAAUAUUUAUCACUAGAAAAGAAACAAUGUUUUAGUGAAAAUUAUGAUUUACAAUACCUUGUUAAAAGUUUA